CAGCUCCCGGCGUGCACCGCGCGCUGCGGCGCGUGGCCCCGCUCGGCCGCCGUCGCGCCGCCAUGGGGGCCGCCGUGUUCUUCGGGUGCGCGGGCAUCGCCUUCGGGCCGGCGCUGGCGCUCGUGCUGCUCACGGUGGCGGCGGAGCCGCUGCGCGUCAUCAUCCUCGUGGCCGGGGCUUUUUUCUGGCUGGUGUCUCUGCUCCUGGCGUCUUUGAUCUGGUUCGUUUCGGUCCAUCUCAGCGACCGGGAGGACUCCAAGCUUCAGUACAACCUCCUCGUCUUCGGGGCCGCCGUCUCCGUGCUGCUGCAGGAGGUGUUCAGAUUCGCCUACUUCAAGCUGCUGAAGAAGGCGGACGAAGGCUUGGCUAUGAUCAGCGAGGACGGCCGGUCCCCCAUCUCCCUCAAGCAGAUGGCCUACGUGUCGGGCCUGUCCUUCGGGAUCAUCAGCGGCGUGUUCUCCGUCAUUAACAUCCUGGCGGACUCCAUCGGGCCCGGCGUCGUCGGGAUCCACGGGGACUCGCCGUACUACUUCAUCACGUCGGCCUUCCUCACCAUGGCCGUCGUCUUCCUCCACACCUUCUGGGGAGUGAUCUUCUUCGACGCCUGCGAGAAGCGCCGCUACUGGUGCCUGGGGCUGGUCGUCGCCAGCCACCUCGUCACGUCAGGGCUGACGUUCCUGAACCCCUGGUACGAGGCCAGCCUGGUCCCUAUCUAUGUCAUGACGGUCUGCAUGGGCGCCUGGGCCUUCUUCACGGCCGGCGGCUCCCUCCGCAACGUCCUCAAGUGCCUCUCCUGCAAGCCGGAGGAAGACGGCAGAGUGAUGAUGUACUCGGCGCUGCGGGUGCCCUUCGAGGACUGAGCAUCUCUGCAGCAGCCCGCGGCCCUGCCCAAGUGCCCUGUUCGUGGCAGCUGGACCCUCUCACGGCACCGCUACCUGCGCCGGGCGGGGGGCUCGGGCCCCUCCGGCCCCCUCCCCAGCCGCAGUGGGGCUGGGGCAGCCUCCGCCCCAGGAAUUGGGAGAGAUCGGGACCCUCCAGCGUUCCCGGGCGGCUCUGCGGGAGAGGCUGAGCCCCGACGCGGCCUCUCGCCGCUCGACGAAGCUCUCGUUCGCGCGGGGCCCGUGGCGCAGGCCCUGCUCCGGAGUCGCUUCCUGGGGCCGCUCCCGCCCCGCCGGUGCCGCGCUCCGGCCGCGCGGAGCCUCCCAACCUCGGCGCUGCCCUUGGCUUCGUCAGCGACUCUUUGGGGUUGUAUUUUCUUAUUGGGGGGGGGGAGAGGGGAGCGGUCUGAGUGCCGGGGGGGCCCCGAGCUCGGUGCAGACCCCGGCGGGAGCAGGACCCGGCGGAGAGGGCGACGCUCGAGCAGCCCAGCCUUCAUCCCGGAGCUGACCGGCCUCCCCCUCGCUCUGCAGGGCAAGAGGGGCUCUGGGACGCGCCGAGUCGCUGCUGUUUUUGGGGACCGGGGGGGCCAGUCGCUGCCCCUCUCGCGAGCUUUCCAACCUCGCUCCUUGGGUCUUUUCUACUCCCCUGGGAGCACUUGUUACUGUACGGGGGGGGGGGGCUGGGGGUUAAAUUAUUUUUUUGAUUCAGAGUAAAAUUCUUUUAAUAGA